AUGAUCGCUUUGGAGGACCUUGGAAAUACAUUCUGUUCCGCCCCGUGGGAUCCGCCGUUCGCCGGCGUUGUCCACGGGGUCCGGUCCCUUCAUCCGAGGGCCACAUGCCGCAGCCUGCCAGCGCCUUCACGGGCGCCUGGUCGGAUCCCCUGCGUGCGGACUGGUGCUGAGGAGUUUAGUGGGGGCAAUUGGAUGGUUUCAGAAAGGGUCCACAAGAAGCUGAAGCCCUGGUACAAUCGUCUUCAGGCAUGA